AUGUCAGUCCUCCGACAUGGGGGAGGCGGCGGCGGCUUCCUCCAGCGACGUCUCACGAAGCUAUAUACCGAUACGAAAACCUCAUGCGAAAGCGUCACAACGGCAUCGAAAGCCGUCGAUGACCCUGAGCUCGUCGCCCUCCACCGGAGUUUCCAGAAACAGAGAGAUCGCUUGCUGGCAUGGGGUCUAGAUUGGAGCGAUGCCAGCGCGGCUCAGCCCAACGAUAUCGACGAAUCCUUGACCGCCGCAGGCUUCAGCGAUGUCGUUGAGAGUGUCAUGUCAUCAAUCCAAGAACUUCUUAACGAUGCCGAACAAAUACAACAUGUCGAUGCGCCACUCCUGCCCUCUAAAGAACGAAAGGUCGAUCUUCCGUCAAAAGAUACUCUCGGCAGCCGACCCCUCAAGACACAAUGGACAGACGAUGAUAUCACUCGCUCAAACACGAUCUUGAACGAACUCACUGGCUGCAUCGAUACCCUGUAUGACUUGUCGCGCUCGCGCCGCACGAUGGCGUCCAGUAUGUCGUCAAGCAGGAUGGGUGGGCGCAAGCUGCGUGCUAGCCCCGCAUCGCCCUACGAUUCUUCCCACGGCUCAUUUGGUGAGUCUAAAGAGAAAGUCCAGAGCCCAAAGCCAAUGUUCGACCCAUUCUCCUACUCGCCCUCGACGCCACACCACGACUCCUCCAAUCCCUUCCUCCCGUCGAACCACCUCCUCAUUGAGCGCUCGGCUCUUCAACUAUAUGGAGCAGCUCAUGAGAAUAGUCCUCCGCCAUAUGAACCUGUUGCGGCGUCUUCCAAUUCGCGCGCUAUUGGGCGCCUGAAUUCUUCGGCGUCGCCCGUUCUUGCCUCCACGAAAGAGUCGCAUGUAACUGUCCUAGUUGAAUUCAUCCCCAUCAUGAUGGAUGCCGAGAUGAGCCCCAAGAGUUCUCGAUUGGAAAAGCUUCAGCAGUCUUUGGAACAAUUGCUGCAGAAUGCCCGGAUAUCUCACCUAGGUCUUAUGCGAUUCCUGGGCUACUGCAUUGACCAGCCCAAUGCUCGCUAUGCAUUCCUCUAUCAGAUGCCAGUCGACUAUUUUCCGUUCCUUCAGAAUCCCAGUGACUUGUUGAAAGAGCUGACGCCCAAGCCAUUGGUGGCUCUCCUUCCUUCAGCUGAAGAAUACCGAGAGAAACGAGUCCCAAAUCUGGACACUCGCUUUCGAUUGGCUUAUGAUCUGUUAAUGUCUGCUCUUCACCUGAGAAGUCAGAACGCCGUACACGGUAACAUCAACAGUAGCAAUGUGAUCUUCUUCCCUGGUCGGGAUGAUGCUAGUGAUGACGAGAGCGGACUUGCCCCAGAUCUCCGUCGUCCUUAUCUAACUUCUCCCGCACGGUUCUCUGGCGAUGGACCCACACCUGAGCCAUUGUCUUCGGCAAUGUAUCGUCAUCCAGAGGACAAGAGGUCUGUUGAAGAUGAUGGCGCUUGGGCAUAUGAUCUGUAUUCUCUUGGCCUUAUCCUCUUGGAGAUUGGACUAUGGGCUCCAGUCGGUCGGCUUUGGAAGAUGAAAUAUGACCGUACUUGGUUCAAGCAUCGCGUGGAAGAUCUCUACGUCAAGAAGCUUGGCCCGAAGUGCGGUGGCGCUUACCUCCAAGCCGUUCAGCUAUGCCUUGAUGCCCCCAACUUCCAUCUCUCGACACAACCCAUGACCGAUCUUGGUCUUCGUGUGCCUCAAAUCUACCACUACCCAGUCCUUGACCUGUCAGAACCUGACGGCACCUUCUCGUUCUCAAUGAACUUCAUGUACACGAUUUGCAAGAUUUUGUGGUCUUGCUGCCGAAUUGACAUAUUCUCGGCGCCCGGAGCAGAGGAGUUGGAUGACUGUCUCCCACUUGCGCUAGUUCCGACCCCCGAACCCCUAACUAUCCAGGACAAGGUCAAUGCAUACAAAGCAAAGCAUGACUUGACCAAUUUGGAUAAGAAGCUCCCAAGCAUUCCUCAACAGGACUGGACUCCUUCAAAUGAGGAAAAGUCUGUUGAGAAGCCUGCUAAGAAGCGCACUGUCAAGAGGCUUCCACACCUGGAAAUUCCAGAUGACCACUUACAGGAGUGGAAUUUCCACAUGAUGCCCCGGUUGAGUCGUCUCCUUCAAAAGAUUCUGAAAGAGUCCUCCGAGUCUUGUGGGGUCAACCUCAUCAUGACUGGCGAGUCCGCCGAGAGCGCGAGAACAACCAUCUGUGUCACUUGCGCUAGCGUGAAGAAGGUACGAUUCGCUUUGAAGAAGCACUUCUCUCUCGGUCGAGAUGAUUGGGAUUUGAUUGUACUACGUGGCGACAUCGAAAGAUCCAAGGUGCCUCGCAACAAACGUCGCCGGCCGGCCAAGACUCGUCCCAAUGUGUCGAAUGCAACUCCCUUUCGCCAGAGAGAGCUUAACCCAUGUCACCAGCAAAGACCUCUUUGCGGAGCGUCCAUUGGCGCUUUCCAAAACGAAGAGCAUUUACCCCCCGUCUCCUAUGGUGGCGCCGUCAUCGUCGAUGGCUUGCCAUAUGGUCUGACAGUUCAUCACAUGUUGGAAGCUCCCAGUGAAGACGAAGGCCAAGGCAAUAGCCACGGAGACCCGAACCCAGAAGACCCAUCAAGGUCGGUGGGUAAUUGGCCGCGCGAUACAGCCAAUACACAGAACCCCGAAUUCAUGUAUAACUAUACCGAGGACGACCAGCCUGGAAUGAACCUCGAGUUCGAACUUUCCGAUCUGGAGGACGGGGAUGAUGCAUCAUUCUCGCAAGGUCUAGAGUCUGGGUAUGAUGAAUUUUGGCUCUCGGAUGAAGAGUCGUCGGAUGAUGACUCUCUUGGUGGCGACGAUGACGAUGACGACGCUGCAUCAAUCGGCGACACUGCUGGCAUCGAACCUGGUGAAGAACCUCGGCUGCUCGUCACCCAGCCAGCCAUUGACGACGUGCACGAUGACUUUUUUCCAUCCCCAGAGGAUCGAGAUGAUGAACAUCUCGCCUCACACUCCCUUGGCUAUGUCCACGCCUCCUCUGGAGUACGUCGCUGGACUCGAAAGGGCCUCAAGCAUGAGAUUGAUUGGGCCCUCAUCAAAGUGGACGAAGCCCGCAUGGACCCCCGCAAUAUCAUCCUCGAUACCACCGGAUCCAGUAUCGCCCGUCCAGGACGGCCCAUUCCACCACAACCCAUUUUCUUGAAUAAGGUCGCCCGGAUGGAGGAGCUAGGUGGUUUGCAAGUUCAUUGCUGUGGCCGGACAAGCGGGCUACAGACCGGCCAGAUAUCCAAGGCCAUGACACUGGUCAAGCUGCAUGGCCGGCAUUCUUUCUCGACAAGCUUUUGCGUCAAUGGGAAUUUCGGAGCCCCCGGUGACUCUGGCGCAUGGGUCUUCGACCGCCCAACCGGCCGCGUCUGCGGCCACGUCCUCGCCUGGUCCGAAAGGACAAAUACAACCUACAUCUCCCCGAUGGAGGUCACCCUCGAUGAUAUCGCCCGUACCCUCAACGCAUCCCUCGUCUCCCUCCCCGGCGACCCAGGCAGAUCGACGGCCUACGCGGACCCUACCUCGCCGCCCGCCCAAUACAGAUACCAGGCUCAGCAGCUGCCCGGGGACUUUGGCCGUCUAGCCCUUGGGGCUGGAGGCAGCCCCGGUCCGCUUGUUCCUCCUCAUCCACAUCACUUUCCUCAUCCUCAUGGCCACCCAGGCUAUGCUCGUCCUCCGCCUCCGCCACCUCCUCCCCCUCCUGGCUCGCGCGAAGCCCAUGGACCUGUAUACCGUGGCCCUGUCCCUCCGAUUCCGCCAUCCCUUUUGAGUGGUCCGCGCAGUGUCGAGAGACAACUUGCUUGA